UUAAACACACAAGUUUAUUAAUUUCGAUGAACUAUUCGUUAUACUUCAAACCUCCUCAUUGACCCUCUUAAUAUACCUCAAAGAAAUACCUAACUCACAUAUUUAUCAGUUUAAGCUUAAGCAUAACAGUCCAUUAGGCAACCUGCUUCCUAUUCAUAUUCAAUGUUUCAAAUUCUAAAUGAUCUAUAUGAUAUAGUUCAGGAUCGCCGUCGUCAAGCUCUUGAGGAAUUCAAUCUCUUUUGGAACCGAUGGGUUCCACCCCAUCGCCAAGUGCAGUUGGAUGCACCUGUUUCAGGAGACGUUUGUCAGCAUGGAUUAGAGCGUCUUCGGAGUCAACAACGACAACAACAUCCAAAUAAGCUAGGCAAAUUACAAAAGGAACAGGAGCAGUAUUAUCGAGAAAGCUCCGAGCCAUUGCGUUUGCGUGAACGAGAAGAUAAACUACACAGAUACCACACUCAAAAACUAUUGAAUCCUCAAGCGCGAGAUUGUAAUAUCAAAGUUAUCAAUGCUGUGCAAGCUAUGCAUGACAGGGCAGACGAAGAAGUUAGACAAAGAAAAAGGAAAGAACGAGAUGAGGACAGUAAUAAUGAUAGAUCAUUUCUUCAUCCAUCAGCAGCAACAGCAACAACAUCAACAGCAGAAGCACCUGUUAAAAGGCAAAAAACACUACCUGCCAGUUUCCCAUUGUUUGUAGAACAAGAGCCUCAGCAUUAUCCAAAUGCAUCCAUAACACCAGCAAAUUUAAAAUCCAUCCUUAAAAAACCAACGCAACCGCUGGUGCGUGCAAAGUCAGCUAUGCAUACAGCAACAGCAACAAAGCCAACAGUUACUAUUCCUGACGAAGAGUUAAUGGCACAAAUUACAAAAGAUGACAAAAGGCUGGAAGCGUUGAACAAGCGAAUGGAUGUGGCCAAACGAAAAUCAAUUGAAUUGUUGGAGGGCUAUCAUGGCUUCCACGACAAUGAAGAUCAUGAAGUAGCUGAAAAGUUAUCAAGUUGGAGAACCGCUCAAUGUUAACCAUGGCAACAACAAGCAUAUCAAUACCGUUCUCUCCUCCUCCUUUGCAUAGGUUAAAGAUGCGUCAAAUAAUACGUUCAAUUCCUCUAGUCCGCCUCAAAGAGGCCAGAAUAAUUAUGGGUCCGGACGGUGAGGAAAAGAUCAACCCUUUUUGGGUUGAAAUCUAUGGCAAUCGCUCUUGAACAAAUAAACAAUGGCUUGUUGACUUCAUUUCGUUUCAAGUGCUUCUUCUAAAAGCUUC